UUGUCAAAUCAUUCACCGUUUGAUAGUACUGCAAAAAAGGUCGACUCUCCUUUAUAAGAAAAAGAAAAGCUAUUACCUAACAUAAUUUUCGCGUUUAAGAACGUUUUUCUAAAUGCAGAAUUUACGAUUAAUUAGCGUUUUGGCAGCGGUGCUGGCGGUAGGAUUCGACAUACCCGGAGUUAAUGCCCAAGGUUCCUGUCAAAUCGACUUAGACAGCGCACCUCAAGGAUUCAAUCCUCCUCUCCUGGUGAAUCCUGGCAGCCAGGAAACUGAAUAUCCCGAGUUAGAAGGCGGGGAACGUCUCCUUACCAUUCCUGAUGGUGGUGCGCUGGUUGCUGCCUGCACUGGCAACACAAAUAGCUUUGAGCUCGUUGACGUAAAGGAAUUGGAGGUGUCUUGCAGGGGUGGCAGACUGUCCGUCUUACGACAAUCAGAGGCGUAUUCGCAGAUUGUGAAAUGGGUCGACCUCGGAUGCCAAAAGCGGCCCAGGGCUUACCUCAGACGUACGAAGAACAGCAAAUGCGGAGAGAGAGGAGAAAGAUACGACAUCGGAUGGCCAAUAAGACCAGGUUUCUUUGUGCCGUUAAUUCAUCUUUGCUACGACGACCAAGUGGAGACCACAGAAUUCACUUACCACAAGGUGCAAGGAAGGUCCAUCGGCUUCAGAUCCGUUGAUUCGUCUAGGCCAGGCUUCCGGUCUGCUGGCAUGUUCGACGUAGACGCGAACAACGUCUACAAGAGAAGGAAUCAGAGGCCUUUGUUCUCUGAGCUCUUGGGCACAACUGAGCAUCUGACCAGCCAAGGUCAGCACUACCUGGCCAGAGGUCACUUGGCGCCCGAUUCGGAUUUCUUCUACACUGCUGAGCAAGAUGCCACUUACUUCUACGCCAACGUUGUUCCUCAGUGGCAAGACUUCAACAACGGCAACUGGAAGAGACUAGAGUUUGCCGUCAGAGAGUUGGCCGAGAGACAGCAAGCCGCACUAGACGUCUGGACUGGCAGCUAUGGAGUUUUGCAGAUGCCUGAUGCCAAUAACAACCCCGUUGACAUGUUCCUAGGGCUGACUGAAGGAAAGAAACAAGUGCCUGUUCCCGCAGUUCUAUGGAAGGUUAUUCACAACCCUUCCACCAGGCGCGCCGUGGCCAUAGUCGGAGUCAACGACGUUCGAGGUCAAGGCUUCUCGGAUGACAUCAAUUUAAUGGACCCACCUUGCUACGACGUCUGUGACCAACUGGGCUGGAUCGACUGGGAUACCCAGGAAGUGAGAAGAGGUCGUAUCUUCUGCUGCCAAGUGUCUGACCUCAUAGAAAAGAUACCCAGCUUACCUACCAUUGGAAGCGUUCAACUGCUGACCAACUGAGAGUAAGGGAAGGAAUGGUGGUGUUUCUCGAGUCACUGUUUAAGGGAAUAGUGUUGUUCUCAUAACAUUGUUUAGGGAAUAAUGCUGGUUCUCGUAUCACUGUUAAAGGGAAUAGACUUGGUAUUCACAGCACUGUUUGGGGAACAUUGCAGUUUUUCUUAAUACUGUGGGAGAAGUGUUGUUUCUCAUAUCACUGUUAAGAGGAAUAGUCAUGUUUCUCAUAAUACUGUGAAAGUGUUGCUUCUCCAAGCAUUAUUUAGGGAAAAGUCGAGUUUCUCAUAAUACUGUGAGAGCUGUUGUUUCUCAUAACAUUGUUUAGAGGAAUAGUGUAGUUUCUCAUAUCUGUUACUCACAACUAACAAGACUUAUUAAAAAAAAUAUAAGAAUAUAAAAAAGAUGACAUAAAUAAGUUAACAAAUAAAUGUUUGCUUUAUCUCAUAUUUAACAUGUCAAUUAUUAUGCUGAUAAUCUAGUCAUAUCUGUGAUAUAUUGUCUGGUUACCUAUUUAUUGAUCGUUUUAUUUCUAUCUAUUUAUUUAUACAAUUGUCAUGGUUAUUAUUUUUAAUAACUAAUUAAACCAUUCCAUUAAAUCA